AUGGCCAACAGCCAUUUGUGUUUGGUGCAGGAUCUUCCAGGAGGGAAAAACGGGAAAUUGUUUGAGAUCUCUUGCAGUUUGCCACCUGCUUGUUACUCUGCUUUCAUUUCUACCAAUUUGAUAACAUACAUGGCUACAGAUAGCAAUGUUCUCACACUGCCACCUCCUCCCUCCUUCUCUCUUUACAAAUGUUACAACACAAUCAGAAAUUCCUCUUUUCUUUCCUUCCUGCAUUUCCAGCAGGUUCCCUUGCGUCAGAAGCCGAGAAAGAAAACUCAAGGUUUUUUCACAAUGAGUCGGAGGAGGAUAUCAUGUAAAGACCUGGGGCAUGCUGACUGCCAAGGGUGGCUGUAUAAGAAAAAGGAAAAAGGAACUUUCCUAAGCAACAAAUGGAAGAAGUUCUGGGUGGUUCUGAAGGGGUCAUCGCUAUAUUGGUACAGCAAUCAGAUGGCCGAAAAAGCUGAUGGAUUUGUCAACUUGCCCGAUUUCACUGUGGAGAGAGCAUCUGAAUGCAAAAAAAAGCACGCUUUUAAGAUCAGCCACCCACAGAUCAAGACCUUUUAUUUUGCAGCUGAGAAUAUGCAGGAAAUGAAUGUGUGGUUAAACAAGCUUGGAUUAGCUGUCAUCCACCGUGAAUCCACUACAAAGGAUGAAGAAUGCUACAGCGAGAGUGAACAGGAAGAUCCUGACGUAGCUGUGGAGACGGCACACCCUCCUCACUCUGCAGGGACUCUGUCUCCUUUGGCACAGCAGGCGUCUUCAUCUUCCCUGAAAUCAAGUGAAACGUCGUCUUCUUUCUCUUCCCUGGAAAGUACAAUAAAGACAUCCAGCAGCUUGACCUCCUUAUCUAAAGAAAGACAGUCUUGGAUCAACAUGGUUAACAGUUCAUCCACUGCUGAAGAUGUGGGACAAUCAAUAGCAAUCGCUGUGCAGCUUCACUCACCUGCACCCUCGGAGGCAAACAGUUGCAAGGCCCUGGAAAACAGCUUUGCCAUGUCGGAAAGUGGAUUUUUGAACUCUUUAUCGAGCGAUGACACAUCCUCACUGAGUAGCAACCUAGACCAUCUUAGUGUCCCAGACAAGCCUACUGGAUCAAAGAUGAUGGACAGAGAAGAAACAAAAGUGCCUGAAGAUGAUGAAAUGGAGAAGCUCUACAAAUCAUUAGAGCAAGCUAGUCUAUCUCCUCUUGGGGACCGACGACCUUCAACCAAAAAGGAGUUGAGAAAGUCCUUCGUGAAACGGUGCAAAAAUCCGUCCAUAAAUGAGAAACUCCACAAAAUCCGAACCUUGAAUAGCACAUUAAAGUGUAAAGAACAUGACCUAGCCAUGAUUAACCAGUUGCUGGAUGAUCCGAAGCUGACAGCCACAAAGUACAGGGAGUGGAAGGUCAUGAACACUCUGCUGAUUCAGGACAUCUAUCACCAGCAGCAGGACCCCACGGCUGCCCCGGAAGGCCCCCCGCAGGGCCGUGAGAGCCCGCCUUCCUCCACCUCCGUCGAAAAUUCUAUUUGAGAACACGCCAGAGUUCUCUCCCCUCCUGACCCCUAGCAACACUUCAAGAUGCUGCAAGAGCUUACAUUUUUCCUUCAAUGGAAAACUGAGACCGGUUCCUCAAGCAUCAGAUCCCUCUCUAAAGAGGCAGCUCAGGCGAGAACCAGCACCGAUCACAGCAGGACUCCUGCUUCUGGCCAUAGGGCUUCGUCAAGACUGGAGUGACUGAGUCCAGCCGAAGGGUUCUCAGCGUUCCUGCCGGGAGCUCACGGGUAUGCCAGGCUCUAGAUGCCAUUGAGAACUCUAUCUUCUAUUCCUUGCUCUCAAGAGAAUUACGAUGU